UGGGGCAAAUCGAAAUUCUUUUUGCCUGCCCAUUAAGCGUGAGGUGAAGAAAAUGUCCGUUGGGCGAUUUCCGCACACAUAUUUCCGGAAAUUUCAGAUCAACUUUCCUUUCCUGGACGAAGAAAAUGCCCGUUACGGCUGGAAUGGUGAGCAUCGGCUUCUGCCGCAGCCGCCGCCCUCCUCCUUGCUGCUUCCUUCAUCGCAGCUCCCUCCUCCAGUCCUGCAGCUUCGUGGGCGACCGGACAACUUCGGCUGCCGUGUAGGUCUUCAAAGCUCGUCCCCAAGCCUGCUUCAAAAGGGACUGGUUAACAAGGCGCUGAGGCUUUCCGUGUUCUGCAAAGCUUUUGUUCCUCUCAUCGUCUUCUUCAUCACGGAAAGCUCUGAGAUUUCCACCGAUUGCAGGAAUGAAACACCACAGGGUUUUGUUUUAAGAGAAUUUGGCAGCAGAACAUGUUUUGGCAGUGUUUCGGACAUGAGGGGAUAAGCCAUGUUUUGCCAUACUUGAAGCACUGUUAUAAGGACGAUUCCUAAAUCUCCAACGCAGGUUGUUUUAUGGUGAAAUUGAGUAAUUUUAUGAGAAAUUUUCACAUUGAAGGUGCGGUUAGGAGCUUGGAAAUUGAGUAAUUUUAUGAGAAAUUUUCACAUUGAAGGUGCGGUUAGGAGCUUGGCUGCACACUUGAUACGUUCUCUUGUUUCAAGUUCUGUUUUACGUUCUCCUCACGGUCUUCAAACUCUGAUACUGCAACUGUAGCUGGAAGUUUGUCUCUGUAUUAGAAGUGGUGUUGCAUUGUUUUGUGUGAUGUAAAUGAGGGGGGGGGGGGGGUCUGACUGACAGGAUUUGUUUACAUGCUCCUCUUCCGAGACAGUAGUUUCGGUUACAGUCUUCACUUCAAUAUGGUCCGAGUCGUAACUGGUGUUUUUCUAAUAGCUUCCUGUUUGUGGAUUUCUGCUACUGAGAAGACCAUUUCAAUGCUCGACAAGGAUAAGGUUGCAGACUGCUCUUAUGCUAGAUCCUUCAUAUGUGUGUAUAUGUAGAUCUUGUGUUUGCCAUUGUAAGGAAGCUUUUUCCAUGACUUUUGUUGUGAUUCAAUUAUGUUUUUCAUUCUUUACUUUCUUGGUGACUUGGCAUUAGUGCCUUUGAUUGAGUUUCAUUGUAGGUUUACACAUUUUUAUGGUA